AUGCUUUUCUUGUCCUCUUCUUUGCCUUUGUCUCUGGAAAGUGGAAGUCUGUCGCUUCCCGUCCUGCCGGCUCCAGUCCUGCGGAGCCCAAAGGUGGUCCCCGAGCCGCCCAAGCCCGGCCGAGGUCCCAGCCCAGAGGCAGAGGCCCAGGCGGAGCGGAGCGCGCAGAUGGCUCACUUCCGAGCCAGGUUCGCGCGGGUGCUCGCCAGAUAUGACAUCAAGGUUCUCAUUGGGAUGGGCAGUUUCAGCAAGGUUGUCGGGGUGGAGCAGAAGACUACCAAGAGACCUUUCACCAUAAUGAUGGAAACCAGACUGAGAAAAGACUGUGAAGCAUGUGAGACUGAGCUCCGCAUCCUCACACGGGUUAGCCACCCUUAUAUUGUGCACAUGGAGAUCUUUGAGGUCCAGGACUGAGUUUACCUGGUGAUGGAGCUGGCCACUGGAGGGGGGCUCCUGGAGAGACUUGGUGCUCAGGGAGCAUUUAUGGAGCAGGAUGCUGUCUGAAUUCUCCGCAUGGUUGCAGAGGGGAUUAGGUAUUUGCAUGCUUUGAGAAUAACACAUAGGGACCUAAAGCCUGAAAAUCUCCUAUACUACCAUUCAGGUGCAGAGUCCGAAAUUUUAAUCACAGAUUUUGGAUUUGCUCACUCUGGGAACAAAAGUGGUGACUGGAUGAUAAACAUGUUCUGUGGGACCCCAGAGUUCAUAGCCCCUGAAAUUUUGCUAAGGAAACCCUAUACCAGUGCGGUGGCCAUGUGGGCUCUGGGUGUAAUCACCUAUGUUUUACUUAGUGGAUCUCUGCCUUUUGAUGACGAAAGCCAUACAGAGCUUUACAGGAAGAUUCUGAAGAGCAAAUACAACUAUACAGGAGAGCCGUGGCCAAACAUUUACCAUUUGGCAAAAGGCUUUAUAGACAAACUGCUGAUUUUGGAGGCCAGUCAUCGAAUGUCAGUGGGCCAGGCCCUGGAUCAUCCCUGGGUGAUCGCUGUGGCGGCAGCAGGGGCCUCCGUGAAGAAUCGCCAGAGAAUUGCCUCCCGGAACCUCACGUGGAGGGGUGCUCCCCACUCUCAGAGUCCUGCAUCUGCUCAGUCCUCUAAGUCAUGUUACUCUCACAAAUCAAAACCAAUGUGGAGCAAAACAAGCUUAAAGACAGCGGAAACAUCUCUCUCUGCGCUUCUGUAA